UCUCUCUCCAUUAUAUGCUUCAAACCUAGUGUCAUUUCACUCUCUCUUUCUUUACACAGACCACUACUGCUUAAGAGAGAGGGAGAGGGAGAGAGAGAGGAGAGAGUGCUCAAUUUAAGUUGUUGAUUCUUAGAAGCUUCAAUCUAUGGCUUCUUGGGUUCUUUUACCAGUAACUCCAGUAACCGGUCGCUGUCUAGUAGCUCCCGUGAGAACUCAGAGGUCCUCCUCCAUCUGCGUUCGGUCUUCUCUGGACACAAAUGUUUCUGACAUGAGUGUAAAUGCUCCAAAAGGGUUGUUUCCACCUGAACCUGAGCACUACCGAGGUCCCAAGCUGAAAGUGGCUAUAAUUGGAGCUGGGCUUGCAGGCAUGUCAACAGCAGUUGAGCUUUUGGAUCAAGGCCACGAGGUGGAUAUAUAUGAGUCAAGGCCUUUCAUUGGUGGAAAAGUGGGCUCCUUUGUUGAUAAGCGUGGAAACCACAUUGAAAUGGGACUCCAUGUUUUCUUUGGUUGCUACAGUAAUCUUUUCCGAUUAAUGAAAAAGGUGGGUGCAGACGAAAAUCUACUUGUCAAGGAUCAUACUCACACUUUUGUAAACAAAGGGGGUAACAUUGGUGAGCUUGAUUUUCGGUUCCCAAUUGGAGCACCAAUACAUGGGAUUCUUGCAUUUUUGUCUACAAAUCAGAUUAAGACUUAUGAUAAAGCAAGGAAUGCAGUGGCUCUUGCGUUAAGUCCAGUUGUAAAGGCUCUGGUUGAUCCAGAUGGAGCAUUGAGGGAUGUACGGAAUUUGGAUAGUAUAAGCUUCUCUGAUUGGUUCUUGUCCAAAGGUGGCACACGAAUGAGUAUCCAGAGGAUGUGGGAUCCUGUUGCAUAUGCACUUGGGUUUAUUGACUGUGAUAAUAUUAGUGCUCGUUGUAUGCUCACUAUAUUCACGUUGUUUGCCACUAAGACUGAGGCUUCCCUGCUACGUAUGCUCAAGGGUUCUCCAGAUGUUUACUUAAGUGGCCCCAUCAGAAAGUAUAUUAUUGACAAGGGGGGCAGGUUUCAUCUUAGGUGGGGAUGUAGAGAGAUACUGUAUGAUCAAUCUGCUGAUGGAGAAACAUAUGUCGCAGGAAUUGCCAUGUCCAAGGCCACUAAUAAGAAAAUUGUGAAAGCUGACGCUUAUGUUGCAGCGUGUGAUGUACCCGGAAUCAAGAGACUGCUUCCGCCUCAGUGGAGGGAAUGGGAUUUUUUCAAUAAUAUUUAUGAGCUAGUUGGAGUUCCUGUUGUCACUGUGCAACUCAGAUACGACGGUUGGGUUACAGAGUUACAAGAUCUAGAACGAUCAAGGCAAUUGAAGCAAGCUUUGGGAUUAGAUAAUCUUCUUUAUACUCCUGAUGCAGAUUUCUCUUGCUUUGCGGACCUAGCACUUACUUCUCCGGAAGAUUACUACAUUGAGGGACAAGGUUCACUCCUCCAAUGCGUUUUGACACCAGGUGAUCCUUACAUGCCUUUACCAAAUGAAGAAAUUAUAGCAAGAGUGACGAAGCAGGUUUUGGCUUUAUUCCCAUCAUCCCAAGGUUUAGAAAUCACUUGGUCAUCUGUUGUCAAAAUUGGGCAAUCUCUCUAUCGGGAGGCACCUGGCAAAGAUCCAUUUAGACCUGAUCAGAAGACACCUGUAAAAAAUUUCUUCCUUGCCGGCUCGUACACAAAACAAGACUAUAUAGACAGCAUGGAAGGGGCAACUUUGUCUGGCAGGCAAGCUUCUGCUUAUAUAUGUGAUGCUGGGGAAGAGUUGGUGGGAUUGCGAAAGAAGCUUGCAGCCCAAGAUUCAGGGGAAUACACAAAAGCUGCUAAUACUACUGAUGAGCUGAGUCUUGUCUAACACAUUUUCAUUUGUGAUUCAUUAGUUAGCACUGAGAAAAACCACCUCAAAUCAAAAUGUCAUCGAGACAGGCGGUGACUUUGACACAAGUGCACUUUGUUUAUUAUCAAAUGCUUUACAAUGGUUUACAUCAUAUAAAAGUAUAGAAAGGUUAUGAGAAGAAUGUAGAUUUGGUGAUCAUGAUGAAAUGUAAUAUGCAUAUUUUGUGCUCUUUGUGAGGAAUGAGAGCUCCUGUUUAUCAUUGAA